AUGUAUGGUAGAAUUACCAUUAAGAUAUUGGUGCUUUCCUUGUAUAGAAUUGCAAUGCCUCCUAGAAGGACUGUUGAGAAUCAGGGUGCCCAGGCAGGCAAUGUUCUCACCAAUGUCGAACUAGCCCAGACUGUACAACAGCUGGCCCAGUUAACGCAGGCCUUGGGUGAUCAUCUGCUCCAAAACAACAAUGGAAAUGGAAAUAAUAUGGCCAAAAUCGUGGCAAGACGAAACCCUCCUACCUUCUUGGGGCAAGAGGACCCUCUUGUGUUAGUAGAUUGGGUGCGGGCAUUUGAUAAGUUGUACGAUGCCGUCAACUGCCCAGCAGACCGACGAGUAGACAUAGCAGUUUAUUAUCUGCAACAGCAGGCAGAUCUUUGGUGGGCUGCUGUUGGUCCAACAUUGCGACAACGGCCUAAUUUUGGAUGGGAAGCAUUCAAAGACGCUAUGAGAGAGAAGUUUUACCCUGAGCACGUUAGGGUGGCAAAGUAUGAUGAGUUUCUGCACCUACGGCAUGGAAAUAAAACAGUUCAGGGGUAUUACUUAGAGUUUAUAAAUUUAGCCAGAUUUGCCCCCACCUUAGUUCCCAAUGAGCCAAGCAAGUUCAUACGAGGACUCAACUUCGAGACUCAAAAGGGCUUGAGCAUGUUCGAUUUUCAGACGUUAGAGGAUGCAUAUAAUAGGGCAGCCCGCCAUUUUCGAGUCCAGCAGAUCCAGAGGGAGAUCAAUGGGAAGAACAAAAGAAGAAAUGAGGAGAAUCAUCCGCAAGGGGACAAAAAGCCCAAGUUUUCCCACUCAAGACCGAAUAGGAAUUUCCAAAGGAGAAAUGGACACAGGAAUGGUCAUGGAUACUAA